GCAGCAGGACGACACGGAGAGUGAAGAAAGCGAAAGCAGUUCCCCCGGUUGUGUUGGAGAGAACCGGUCCGCAGAAACGAGCAGCCAGACAAGCAGCCUGGUGUCCCUGCGUCCAGGCAACCCGAUGUCCAUCAUGACUACGCAUCUGGGCCUCCUCGUUCUGGCUCUCGGCGUGAUUGGACAGGAGUUCCCGUCGAGCCCUCACGGCUGCACCGAGGGAAGCUGUUACCCGGCAACAGGGAACCUUCUGAUUGGACGGGCCGUCAACCUGAGCGCCACGUCCACCUGCGGCCUGAACAGACCGGAGAACUACUGCAUCGUCAGCCAUCUGCAGGAGUCGGACAAGUGUUUCGAGUGUAACUCCCAGCACCGCUACGACCCGUACCGCCACCGAAACAGCCACCGCAUCGAAAACGUGAUCUACCUCAUGGACAGGAACGGAGAGCACACCUGGUGGCAGUCCGUCAACGGGCAGGAGAACGUCAGCAUCCGCCUGAACCUGGAGGCCGAAUUCCACUUCACACAUCUCAUCAUGAAGUUCAAGACUUUCCGACCUGCAGCGAUGAUCAUUGAGCGUUCGGCUGAUUUCGGCCGUACGUGGCGCCCCUAUCGCUACUUCGCCUCCAACUGUACGAGGACUUUUCCCGGCAUCGCUGCCAACGGCCUGCAGCACAUCAACGACAUCAUCUGCGAGGAACGCUACUCCGACAUCGAGCCCUCCACUAAUGGGGAGGUCAUUUAUAAGGUCUUGGAUCCUGCCAUUCACGUAAAAGACCCGUACAGCCUGGACAUUCAAGAACUUCUUCGCAUCACCAACCUGCGCAUCAACUUCACGAAGCUCAACACUCUGGGCGACGACCUGCUGGACCGACGCUCCGACGUCCUGCAGAAGUACUACUACGCCAUCUACGAGCUGGUGGUCAGGGGCAGCUGCUUCUGUUACGGUCACGCCUCGGAGUGCGCUCCGGUGCCGGGGGUGGACGCCCGGGAGACCGGCAUGAUCCACGGUCGCUGCGUCUGCAAACACAACACCGAGGGCCUGAACUGCGAGCGCUGCAGAGCUUUCCAUCACGACCUGCCGUGGAGGCCAGCGGAGGCGGAGAACCCUCACACCUGCAGAGAGUGUAACUGCAACGGCCACUCCAGCCAGUGCCACUUCGACAUGGCGGUGUAUCUGGCCACCGGGAACGCCAGCGGGGGAGUUUGCGACGACUGUCUGCACAACACGAUGGGACGCAACUGUGAGAUGUGCAAACCGUUCUACUUCCAGGACCCCAACAGGGACAUCCGGGACCCGCGGGUUUGUGUCGCCUGCGACUGCGACCCGGUGGGAUCCCUGGAGGGCGGCGUGUGCGACAGUCACACCGACCUGGACAUGGGGAUGAUCGGCGGUCAGUGUCGCUGCAAAGCCAACGUGAAGGGAACCCGCUGCGACGACUGCAAGGAAGGUUACUACGGACUGAGCCAGAACGACCCGCUCGGUUGCCAGCCGUGCAACUGUGACCCUCGUGGCAUCAUCAUGAUGGGAGCUCCUUGUGAUCAGAUCAGCGGCGACUGCUCCUGCAAACGAUACGUGACUGGGCGCUACUGCAGCCAGUGUUUGCCCGAGUACUGGGGGCUCAGUAACGACCUGGCCGGCUGCAGACCUUGUGACUGUGACUUCGGUGGCGCCUUCAACAACAGAUGCAUGAUGGAAAGCGGCCAGUGUGACUGCAGGAGGCACCUAAUUGGUCGGCAGUGUUCGGAUGUGCAGCCGGGGUUUUACUGUGCUCCGCUGGACUACUACAAGUACGAGGCUGAGGACGCCACCGGACACUCUCCCAGCGACUCUGCACUGCCGGGUAAAGUUCGUCCUCAGGCCACCAACGACUGCGUCGAGCAUCUCAGCAACCAGCUGAGGAGACACCGGAGGCACCGUCGCAUCACCAACUCGCAGCAGCACCAGGCGGCGCUGAGACGCAUCCGCCAGCUUCAACAAACUCCGGAUGUGAGGCCGGUUCAUCGGGAACACACUCCCAGCCACAUGGUGACCUGGACCGGACCCGGCUUCGCCCGCGUCAAAGACGGCGCCGGCCUGGUGUUCACCAUCGACAACAUCCCCUACGCCAUGGAGUACGACAUCAUGAUCCGCUACGAGCCCGAGUCCACAGAGGACUGGGAGGCUGUGGUCAGCAUCACCUCCGUCCUGCUGCCCUCCAGCCUCCGCUGUGGGAACCUCCUGCCCACCGAGCAGCUCUACACCGUCACCCUGCCGCACCGCAACAGGUACAUCCAGAUGCCCAGGCCGUUCUGCUUCGAGCCCAGUAACCGCUACGUGGUGGCCAUCAGGUUCCAGCGUCACGGAGUCACACACCGACAUCUGACCGCCUUCAUCCUCAUUGACUCGCUGGUCCUGAUCCCCAAAUACACGGAGCUUCCUGGUUUCGAAGGCAACGAGCCGGAGGCGGAGCAGCGGCGGGACGAGAUGAUCCGCUACAUGUGUCUGGACUCCUUCAUGAUCACGCCGAUGCCCGCCCUGGCCGAGAUGUGCUCCAAACUCAUCUGCAGCAUCUCCUCCAUCAUUCACGACGGCGCUCUGCCCUGUCAGUGUGACCCUCAGGGCUCCCUCAGCGGAGAGUGCGAUAAGGUCGGAGGUCAGUGCCGAUGCAAACCCAACGUCAUGGGUCGACGCUGUGACCAGUGUUCACCAGGAACCUACGGCUUUGGAGCAAAUGGUUGCACUGCCUGCGACUGCCACUCAGAUGGUUCAGUGAGCCACCAGUGUGACCCAGUAACCGGCCAGUGCCAGUGCAGGCAGGGAGCCACCGGACGCCAGUGCUCCGACUGCCAGCCGGGCCAGUGGGGCUUCCCCAGCUGCAGCCCCUGCCAGUGCAACGGCCACGCCGACCUGUGCGACCCCCGUACAGGGGAGUGUGGAGGCUGCAGGGACUACACCGCCGGACACCUCUGUGAACGUUGUAUGGAUGGGUUCUUUGGAAACCCAGUGCUGGGAUCGGGGGAGCACUGUCGGCCCUGCCCCUGCCCCGGCAACCCCGGCUCCGACCACUUUAAUGGCCAUUCAUGCAACGCAGACCAUGCGUCCAAUCAGAUCAUCUGUAACUGCAGACAAGGCUACACUGGCCCCCGCUGUGACCAGUGCGCCCCCGGUUACUACGGCAACCCGGGGCAGUCCGGCGGCCAGUGCCUCCCGUGCAGCUGCAACGACAACAUCGACACCCAGGACCCCGAGUCGUGCGACCCGAGGACCGGCCGGUGCCUGAAGUGCCUGUACCACACCGACGGGCCGUCCUGCGACCGCUGCCAGCUCGGUUACUACGGCAACGCCUUGAACCGCGACUGCAGACGCUGCACCUGUGUGACCGCCGGAACCGUCCAGUCCGACUGCAGCGACGGCCGGUGCCACUGCGACCGGCAGGACGGAACCUGUCGCUGCAGGGAGAACGUGACCGGACACAACUGCGACCAGUGCGCCCCGAACCACUGGAACUACGGCCAGGACCGAGGCUGCGAGCCCUGCAACUGUGACCCGCAGCACGCCCUGGGAAGUCACUGCAACAUGUUCACGGGACACUGCCACUGUCGUCAAGGCUUCGGAGGGAAACAGUGCACCGAGUGUGAGCAGCUCCACUGGGGAGACCCGCAGGUGCAGUGUCAAGAGUGUAACUGCCACCACCUGGGCUCAGAACUGCUCCAGUGCGACCGACUAACCGGCGCAUGCGUGUGCCGGGAGGGCGCGGCGGGCAAACACUGCGACGAAUGUGCUCGGGGCUUCACCGGCGUCUUCCCCAAAUGCGUCCAGUGCCACCCGUGUUUCCAGCUGUGGGACGACGCCGUGUGCCAGAUCAAGAGAGACCUGGACCACAUCCAGGACACGGUGCAGAAGAUCCUGGACAGCGGCGUCACGCCGGGAAUCGGAGACUCGCGCAUCAAAGAGCUGGAGAGGAAACUGAAGCGAGUGAAGGAGCUGAUCAGCGCACAGGACAGCGACAAGAUCCACCAGCUGAUUGGACAGAGCAUCGACGACCUCAGGGCUGAGAUUGCUCUGACAGAUGGACGUCUGAUGAGCAUCGGCCGGGAGCUGAACGCAACAGCAGAAGAAGACAAGGUCCUGAAACGCAUCUUAAACAACUUGGAGAAGGAGCUGAGGGACGUUAACGCCACCGUGGCUCUCAAACAGAACCUCCUCGACGACUACCUCACCUCAGGGUUUGCAGAUCAGUUUGAGAAAGUGAAGAAGUACUAUCGGGAGUCGCAGCAGGCUGAGGAGAAAUGCAACGCGUCGGUGUCCGGUCCCAACAGUCCGGUGGAACAGUCCAAAGAGACCCGAGCGCUCACGGAGAAGCUGCUGGAAGCCAGUAAAGACAAGUUCUUCAAAGAUCUGGCAGCUCAGAACAAAUCCCUGAGCGAGCUGCAGCAGAAGAGCCACGACCUGGACAAGAAGGUGCAUCACCUGAGCCACAAGGUGUGCGGCGGUCACAGCAACGCCAGCGUCAACGUUAGUUGCCCGGACAGUCGUUGCGGCGGAGCCGGUUGCCGUGACGAUCAGGGCAACCGCGUGUGUGGAGGUGAAGGAUGCAACGGGACGGUCAGCGCCUCCACAGCGGCACUGAACGAUGCCAGGAACCUCUCAGACAGUCUGAACGCCGUCAACGACGAGCUGCAGGGCGUCUCCAAAAAGCUCCAGGACAUCGCCGCUCUGACGCAGGACGUGAAGAACCAGGCGAUGAACACACUGGAGAAGGCCCAGAAGAAGAAGGACCAGUUUGACAACAACAACAAGAAGCUCAAAGACUUCAUCAAGAAGAUCAAAGACUUCCUCACCGAGGAGGGAGCGGAUCCGGAGAGCAUCGAGCGGGUGGCCCAGCAGGUUCUGUCCAUCCAGCUGCCGCUCAACAGAACCACGCUGGACAAGAUGAUCAUGGAGAUCAAGGAGAACCUGGCCAACCUCACCGACAUCCAGGGGAUCGUCAACCAAACCUCGCAGCACAUCAGCAAAGCCAAGGAGCUGCUGGACAAAGCCAAAGAGGCCAAGAGUCGAGCAGAGGCGGUGAAGGACGCCGCCAACACCACCAAGCAGGCGCUGGAUGUUUCUGAGAAGGCCAUCGAGAAAGCCAAGACGGCCCUGAAGGAGGCCAAAGACAACCUGAACAGCACCAGGAACGCCACGGCCGCGGUGGAGGAGAAGCUGGUGCAGCUGGAGGACAAGCAGAUGGACGUCAUGAUGCGUUUAAACAACCUCUCCAUCGGCGUCGAGGCUCUGAGGAACAAGACGGAGCAGAACCGGCAGAUGGCUAAAGACGCCAGCGCUCUGGCUAACAACGCCACCCAGCUGGCGUCCUCUCUGGCUCAGAGCCUCAACGACACGGAGGAGCGGUACCGGGAGCUGAAGAUGAAGGUGGACGGUCUGGGUGAGGCCGGAAAUCUGACCGGCAUCCACCAGAGGGCCAAAGACAUCAAGAAGGACGCAGAAGAUCUGUUCAACAAAGCCAAGAACGGCAUAAAGCAGCUGGACAAACUGGAGAAAAAGUUCAAGAACCACGAGCAGCGGAUGGAGAAGCAGCGGCUGGAGCUGGACGAGCUGAAGGACAACGCCACGAUGGUGCGGGACGAGAUCCGGGAGCAGGUGCAGAAGUACAGCAACUGUCUGUGACGACUGAAGAACCACGCUGAGCGAAGCGCUGCUCUGGAGGUUGUCCCGCCGGUACGUCCAGUUUUACACAUUGACCUGUAAGUGUUAUAUCUCAGAGAAGCCCAGCACGGUGCCGCCGUGUGACGCCGACACGUCAGCGACACGACGCCACCGCGAGGCGCCUCGGCCUCUCAGGCGUCACAACGAGAGGAAGAGCUGUGGAGCGUUUGUGUUUCAUUGUGUAGGCCGUGAAGAAUCAACCUAAUCCAUCUCAUCAGUAACACACAGAAGGACUAUAUUAGAGCACGUUAUCGGACAGUUACUGGGACCAAAAGGGCUGCGAAGACUUUGUAUUGUUGCUGUAAUUUGACCUCAUUAUCCUGAUAUAUGUACACGGUGACACUCCUGUUGGGAAACUUGUGGAAUUAAAGUUUGUUAUUAUCACAAAAGAGAAUAAAGGCAGAAAUAUCCUUAUGAGUAAAAUUCAUCCUGAGGUGUGACGAUGGAGGAAAAUAAAUUUAAUACCAUUUAUGUACAUUA